CGCCUUUCCCUCGUGUAGUUUCAUUUGGGCAAUGGAAGGGGAGCGAGUAGAGACGAGUCAGAUAAGGAAAGGGCCAUGGAAGGCCGAGGAAGACCAUGUACUAAUCAACCAUGUCAAGAAAUACGGCCCCCGAGACUGGAGCUCCAUUCGAUCCAAAGGCCUUUUGCAACGAACUGGCAAAUCUUGUCGUCUUCGUUGGGUUAACAAACUUAGACCCAACUUGAAGAAUGGGUGUAAGUUUACGGAAGAGGAAGAGAGGGUGGUGAUAGAGUUGCAGGCACAGUUUGGGAACAAAUGGGCUAAAAUUGCUACGUAUUUGCCCGGGAGGACUGACAAUGACGUGAAGAAUUUUUGGAGCAGUAGGCAGAAGAGACUGGCUAGGAUUUUGCAGAAUUCAGGGACAACCUCUUCUUCCUCCUCCAGAUCACUCAAAGUAAAAAUGCAAAUCCCUGGCUUUCAUGAUGUUCCUGUUAUGGAGGCUCCGAAGUUGAGCUCAUCAAUGGAGGAAUUAUCAUACUCCAAGGGACAAUCUUGCUCACCAUCUUACCUUGAUAACUCUCAGACGACUAUAAAACUGGAGCAAUUCCAGGAACUUGUGAAUCCAAAGUUGUAUACCGAUGCAAACAUGGCUGAGCUUGAGCUUAUGUCUCGAAGGAAAAUCCUAUAUGCCGAGGCUCAAUCUCAGGUUUUCUUCCCACACAUGCCGCAGCCCCUACCGUGCCUCACAUUACCACUAGAAAGCCAGGACCUUUUGGCUAAAUUCGAGGACCCUUACUUUUCUCAAGUGUUUGGUCCUAUGGAUGUUGACAGUGGAAAUUUGAACAUGGAGCAGACAUUUGCUGAAGCAGUGACAAGUAGUGGGUUUGGUUCAAAAGAAGAAAUUGAGAACCCAAUGACCCCAGAUGCAUUCUUCGAUGAUUUCCCAGCUGACAUGUUUGAUCAGAUGGAGCCGCUGCAGAGCCCAUCAGAGUAA